UUUGAAUUAUCCUUUAAUUUAUGUGAUCCCUUUCCUUAUUUUUCUCUAAUUUCUUUUUAUCACAAUCCAUAUCUUUGAUGUUCUUUCAUAACUAGAUCCAUUUCCAUCAAAAUUUGUUCUUAUUUUCUCCUUCACAAAUCACAACCCUAUUUUUUAGAGUUUAAUAUUAUGUCUUUUUUGUGAUUAUUCAAAUUUUUUGAUGACGACUAACAAUUCUUCUUUUUACAAUUAAUUUUAUAGGAGGUUUUCAUUUAAACUCUAAAUCAAACAAUUCCUUUGAAAGUUCUUAAAAAAAAGGAUUGAAAGCAAAUGGGAGAAACAAUUGAUCCAAUAUCAUCUUCAACCCAUGAGAGUGAAAAUGAAAAUGAAAAUGAAAAUGAAAAUGAAAAUGAAGGAGAACCAAAACCAAAUGAUUCUUCAUUGGGCCAUGAGGAAGAUGAGGAAGAGCCAAACAAUAUAGAAUUGGGUCCAAAAUGCAGCAUUAGGCAACACCUCGAGAAAGAUAAGGAUGACGAGAGUUUAAGGAAAUGGAAGGAGCAACUCCUUGGAAAUGUUGAUUUUGAGUCAGGAGAAGAAACUCUGGAAUCAGAAGUGAAGAUAUUAAGUUUGACAAUUUUAUCCCCCGGUAGAGAAGAGAUUGUCCUUCCAUUACCCGAGUCAGGGGAUCCAAAAGGCUUAUGGUUCACCUUGAAAGAAGGUAGCCCUUACAAUCUUCGUUUUUGCUUUCAAGUCACCAACAACAUUGUCUCUGGCCUUAGGUACACCAACACAGUGUGGAAAACCGGUCUCAAAGUUGAUAGUACCAAAGAAAUGAUUGGAACAUUUAGCCCUCAAUCGGAACCUUACACGCAUGAGAUGCCAGAGGAAACUACACCUUCCGGUUUUUUUGCAAGAGGCUCAUACAGUGCUAGGACUAAGUUUCUCGACGACGACAACAAAUGUUACUUGGAGAUCAAGUACACAUUCGACAUUCAAAAGGAAUGGCCAACCAAUUAAUUUUAAUGUUCAUUUCGUCAUGUUGAUCUUGUUUGUAGCAACAUUGGAGUAAGUUCAGAUACGUAGCAUGUAGAUGCAAAUUCUAACUAAUAAAGUUUGGUACUCACAAUAAAGUACCGAUAAUUAUGUAAUUCUCGUUUUUACAACUUGGGUAUAGCAAUUUUGAUAUAUGUAUAAUGUAACUCGAUCUAUUAGCAAGGUUUUUCUUAUAUUUUAUCUUU